AUGAGCAGCGCCCACCCGAGGCUCACCCAGAGCGGAGCCGCAGCAGCCGGAGCAGUGCCCGGGGCGGACCCAGCAGACAUGCCGGCCACCGAGAAGGACCUGGCGGAAGACGCUCCCUGGAAGAAGAUCCAACAGAACACGUUCACCCGCUGGUGUAACGAGCAUCUCAAAUGUGUCAACAAGCGGAUCGCCAACCUGCAGGCGGACCUGAGCGACGGCCUCCGCCUCAUCGCCCUGCUCGAGGUGCUCAGCCAGAAGAAGAUGUACCGUAAGUACAACCAGAGACCCACCUUCCGGCAGAUGCAGCUGGAGAACGUGUCGGUGGCCCUGGAGUUCCUGGACCGGGAGAACAUCAAGCUGGUCUCCAUAGGUGAGCUGGGGGGGAGCAGACACACGUGUCUCUACUGGGGGGGUGUGUGGGUCCUUUUAAUGUACUGCACCAUGGAAUGCGUGGGAGAUACUGUAUAGAGUUCCCUUAUAGAACGCUGGAAUAACACUUUGUAUCACUUUAGAAUGUUGGGGAAUGUCAGAAUCACUGUGACAUGUUCUGUCACUUUAAUUCUCCAGUGCGUUCCAUCCCUUGUAAAGUAAAUCUGUUCUUUAAUGGAAUAUAAGGGGGUGUAUGGUCAGGUAUCACUAUGACCCCUUAGUUCUCACAUUGAUACUGCACCAUAGGAUGUAUUGGGGAUAUUCCAUCAUUCUCCUAGGUUAACAUUAUAGAGUAACUCCCUUCUAUCACUGGGGUAUGUGGGGUGGGUGUGCAAAGUAAAGUGUGUCCAUUUACUUCUCCCUUUGUACUGCACCAUAGGAUGUGUUGGAGAUAUUCCAUUACUCUCAUUGGAGAAGUUUAUAGAGCAACUCUGUUCCCUUUAUUGGGUUAUGAGGGGGAAUGCAAGUUAAAGUAUCACUGUGACAUGUUCUGUGUCACUUUAAUGUUUCAAACUUCCAUCCCAUUGCACUGCAACAUGGAGUAUGUUCGAAAUCUCUAGUAUUCCCUCCCUCUCCCCCCCCCCACCCCCCUCUUUAUUAAAUGUACUGUAUUGGAGUCUUAUUUGGUCAAUGCUUAACUCUUCUUUAAACUGGCUUAUUACCCAUCUGAUUGUUCUUCUUUGGAGGUGUGUGUGUAUAUUUGGUAAUCCAAGAUGAGUUGGAACUCUAUGUACUCUUGUCUAAGAAGCUAGCAGAUUCCUGCAGUCUACAUCUGAUGGGAAAAUGUUUUUUUUUUUUUUAACCCCUUAAGGACCAAACUUCUGGAAUAAAAGGGAAUCAUGACAUGUCACACGUCAUGUGUCCUUAAGGGGUUAAAGAAAGAUAAUCCCAUAGUGGGCUUUCCAUUGCUCUACAAAGUGAGGCUUUCUGUUUAACUUCUUAAUGACUGGGAGUCGAUCAGCUUCUAUCACUUCCUUUACCGUGAAGGAGUUAAAAUGUUAGACUUCCAUUGCCAUCUGGGAGGACCUACAAACAUUCAAGUGCCUCAAUAGAUUUAAUAUGACCCUUAAUUUAACUUGCAAAUUCAUUCUGGAUCUGAAUGUUGAUUCCUCUUAAAGGGAAUCAAUUUAAUUGUAUCAUUGAUGGUAAUGAAGCCAUGCCCCAAACUGGUAUUCCUCUUAUUUCAGGUGAUAGGUGGCUUGCAGGUCAAUAAAGACCCUCCUUCCUGGGUUUCCAGUAGCUAUUCCUAAAAUGGGACAGCAUGUAUUGUCCUACCCUUUCUAGGUGUUUAGCAGGGUCCCCACUUCUAUUAACUCUCACUGCACAAGAUAAAGCAGAUCAGUAAACCUCAUCAUUUCAUACAGGCCUACCACAGUGUUGGUGGUUCAUUUUAAUGUUUGGGUGUAAUUACACCCUCUGCAGACGCCUAACUGGUUUCUAUGGCGACUGCAUCAAAUGACUCUUUGCAGCAGUUUUGAUUAUUCUCCUGCAUCCCAGAUCUUUCCUGGAUAGAGGUCACUUCUCUUUAACGGAAGGUUGUUCUCUGAAUAGUUUAAAUUCUUUGGCUGUAAAUUGCCCCAAUAUGGGUGGCUGAGGUCUUGCCCUACAUGCUCCCAGCAGGCCUGUGGAAUGUGGUUACCAUAGUAUUUCUUUAGGGUCACCUAAAAUCAGGCAUUUUGGGGCACGAAUUCCACCCCUUCUCUUGUAUCCACUUUGGUUAAGAGAGUAAUUGUGAGAUUAACUCCCACAACCCCAACACAUUGCAAGUAUGUGUUGGAACUCCAAACUAUGGUAUUUUGUUUUCUCAGAUCCUGCAUUUGUCAACUUCUAAAUAUUUUUUUUUAACAUUAAAUUACACUAUUGAAAUGUUCCUCUUGGCUAUGCAUUUUAAACUUGGGAGUGGUAUCUCUUUCAAAAUAACAAAGUAUUUGCCUCCAGGAAAUGCCCAAAAGCUUAAGUCCAACCCCAAAUUCCUACUCCCUUUUUUAUAUUCUGUUUAUGAAUCAUGGUCUAGAAAACUCAGUGUUUCUUAGCCUCUAGCCUCUAUCCCACGCCACUUCAACCCCUGGCUGUGUCUGUGCAUAAAGGCUGCACUUCUGAGUUUUUAUUAAUGGACAAGAUUAAUCAGAGCAGUGAAGGGUGGGUGGAUGGAUUUGGGGAGUGUCGGGCUCCUCAGCUCGAACAAGGGCUCAUAAAACAAGAUGAGACAAGUGUCAGGAUGGUGCCUGCAAUUUAAAUGUUGAUUAACACUUUGAAUGCUGGAUGUUUCUGGCAUGUCUAUCUUUUCCCAUUGAAAGCGAAUAAACAGUCAAUGAACUCUCAUUUUAUGUGGAUUUAGUUGCAGAAAAAUAUGAACCAUUAAGGUUAUGAUGUGCCAUCUAAACUUAAGGGGUUAAUUCGAUGCAUCCACUGAAAUCAAUGAGGGUUUCCUUACGGUUCUAAAUCUACAGAAAGAGGACUCCCCUCGGAAGAUUCUCUGCAUACCCCAUGCUAUUAAACUGAUGGGUUUACUUUUGUUAACUCUGUCCGAAGUUAAAAUGCCCCAAAUCCUUUGAGUGUAGUAGAUGGGCAGGGAGUUAUGGGAGUCUUAGUCCAACAUCUGGAGAGGUGGAGUUUGAGAACCCCAUUCUAAGGCUCUAGAAUUAAUCCAGAUUUGUUGUAUGUAUUCUAUAGUAAAACCUACAUUAAAUGCAUCGCUGUAGAAUGUAACCUCUCCAGGGUUAACAAUUUAUUACAGAUUAUUUCAAUACCCAGGACCCUUUCGGGACUGUUUUCUGGAUAAAACCUUUCUCUUCCAGUUUGAACAUCUGUUUAAUCCAUUCCAAACUCAUGGCUACAUCCUGGCUUUUUGUGCUUUGUGGCUGCAGGGGGUUACAAUUUCCUGCGUUGUCACCCGUCAUGUCCUGAGCUAUGUAGUAGUUGCCCAAGAUUGCAGAGUAUUUGUCAGCCUGUCUGCAUUCAGAAAUAAACAGUUUGCACACUUAAAUGACUGGCAAUACCACACCCAGUCAUUCUCUAGAAACCACUACUUGAACAGUAAACUCUGUAGUGUGCAAUAACGUUCUUGGAAACCUCAAGGAGCUGGGCCAGGGACGGCUCUAGAUUUAACCCCUUGGCUAGCUCUGCAUUGUUUCCUGGGUCUAUAAUUUGCUUUGCAAUAACUAAUUUUUUGUUAAAUUCGGCCUGUCUAGUGCUGGGAGCAAUGUUCUCUUAAUUCAAAGCUGAUUUGGCUCUUUAACACUUCGAGUACAUGAGUGCUUUAAGUGAUGUAUCAAACACAUUGCAACAAUGUAUUUGGCCACCUGUAUGGCCCUCAAAGCCUUUAAGGACUUGCAGCCUUAACAAAAGAACACUGUCUUGUUGCAGAAUUCUAUUUACUUUUAGAGAUCUUGUCCUACUGGCAACUAAAGGGUUACAUCCCAAUUUUCUGAAAUAGAAGGGUUUUUGCAAAGCUCUCAUUCCUGGCUGUAUAAUUAUAAAGUAGUACCCCGCAUGGUCAGGAAGUCGGGUUUUCUUGGAAUUGUGACCUACUUGCUGCUGGAAUUAAAACCCAUUUGUAUCAGACCUGACUUGCCAAUAUUUGGUUCCAGGCCCCAGCUGUCUCAAAUCUUCCUUAUUAACCAGUCUCUGCCAGCUGAAUGGCAGAUUACUGGAGGAUCUUGUUGGCACAACGGUAUCUUUGGCAUCCUAGUAAAGUGUGCAUUUUAUGUAACAUAGCGAAAAGUAUAUAAACAUCAGUUUAUUUAAUUCUCUGAAAAUGUCUUCACUUAUCAUCAAAACGAUCAAUAACAUGUGAAGUUACCAGGCCACGAGGGGUCCACGGAUUAACUGCAGAUUUGAUUCUUUGUGUUCAGUUCUGUACAUGGAAUUGGAUUCUGUAAACACUUUGUCCCCAAUUGCCCUGUGUCCUGAACCGCCCCUAUUGCAUGUCCUACACAGAGCUUUUAUUAACCUCUUGUGCAUCAGUGGUCUGAGAGGCCCUGCACAACCCCAUCUGAUACUCUGUCAACGUAGCACAAAAUUGAGAGCCUGGCAUUUUAACUGUCUGCAUGUUUUAUAGAUGGCAAGAACAUGGUGCCAGUCUAGAAUGCCAGUUUAAUAUAGUUGUCCCUCUAUCUGGCAUAAUUGGAAGUGACAGGAGGUGCUGUGUAACAUUGUAACUGUCUGCAUCACCACUUUUAAAGAUGCUUGACCAGGUAAGGGUAGCAUGGCAUCAUGGGAAAUGUAGUUUAUAAAUACACACUGCCCUUAUGGUCUUAAAAGAUAACAGAAUGGGUGCUCAUGAUUUGGGAGUUUAUGGUUAAUUGUGAGGACACUUCAUCGAAAACUUAGUGUCUUCCAUAUGCUGAAUGUUCUAAAGUUAACACUUAAACAUUUAAUAUGCAAAUAAUGGAAUUUAAUGGAUUUCAGAUUCCCCUGUUUGUAAUCGAGCAGCUAUUUAAAGUUGGGGCCUAGAAGCCCCUUCCCCAUUAUUGCUCAGUUGGCAGUGAAACCCUUUCCCACCCCCUCUCAGUGGCUCUGCUGUAGUGCCAGACUAGGGUUUUUAUACACCAGAGGCUCUUGGCAGUUUUUCAAGUGCAGCAGCUGCCGAAUAAUCUGCUGAAUGGGUCGUUUUUAUUCUAAUGUCAUGGCAACUGUAGUCUCUGGCGUCCUCUUCCUCCCCAGUCUGGACCCACAAGCAGCCUGACCAGAAGGCUGUGCUCCACCCAGCAGGAAACCCCACUUGCUAUCAAUAUUGGCAAGAAAUGUCAAACCCUCUUCUUCUACCCGCUUCUUGGGUUUACUUCUCAAACCCCGAACUGGCAGCCAUACUGCCAAUCAGAUACACUCCUAUCACCCUGAUAAAGCUGAAAUAUUAAGUAUAAUGGGAGUUUGUAGUUCAAUAUAUAGAACACAAGCUGCUUUGUUCAAAAAUGUUGUUCUACUGAGCAGUGCUACUUGGUGGUAAUAGGAACUGCAAAACAGACUUUAGAAUUAUUAUUUUUUUUUUAAUUUGGCAAGGGUUGGGCAAAAUGUGUUGUCUCCCCCACUCCUUAUAGAACCACAGGGUAGCUGGGUUUUAAUGCAUUAUAUGCAGAGAAUAAGAGCUAAAAGUUGUGUAAUUCACUUGUAAAGUUUAAACUAGUUCUGCGUACGGUGUUUUUGUCAAACCUCCCUCUGAGCUGAAUGUUGGUAAGAUACUAAGGUGUGGUUAGGGAGGACUUGGUUUUUUUUUUGGUUUUUUUUCCAAGGCAAAUUGCUGCUGUACACACUGAAUUGUCUGUUUUUUUUUGAGCUACUGGCUAAUGACACUGUUGGAGUCCUCCUCUUAUACAGUGCUUAACAUGCUACCACCAUGCCUUGAUUGGACUUAACAUGAUAGUCUAUAGAUGUGGUGGCUUUUUGUGUAAUAAAUAUGAUUGCCUUUCAUGAUGUCCAUCACUGUACCUCAUGUCCAAAUUGAUAACUUAAAGGGACACUAUAGCUACCAAAACAACUUUGGUUUAAUGAAGCAGUUUUGGUGUACAGAUCUCACCCCUGCAGUCACUCUGCUAAAUUCUCUGCCAUUUAGGAGUUAAAUUGCUCUGUUUAUAAAACUCUAGUCAAACCUCUGAUCUUGACUCAUGCAGCCUUCCUAAUUACUUCCUGUGAAUAGCCUGCUAGAGUCUGCAGCAGCUACCUGUGUGAAUAAACUCAAUUCAGAGUAUGAGAUGAUAACUUCUAAAGUAAACACACUGCUUUGUGUUUUGGUUUUUCUCAAUCAUGGAGGCUGUGAGGCACAGCCUGGACACUUGUGGUUAGGGCUGCAUAACAGAAAGUUAAUUAAAGGACCACUAUAGUGCCUUUUCCUGGCACUAUAGUGCCCUGAGGGUGCCCCCACCCUCAGGGACCCCCUCCCGCCUGGCUCUGGAAAAGGGUUAAAACUUACCUUUUUCCAGCGCUGGGCGGGGAGCUCUCCUCCUCCUCCGAUCCGCCCCGUCGGCUGAAUGCCCACACGCGGCAAGAGCUGCACACGCAUUCAGCCGGUCGUUCAGCAUUCAUAAUGCUUUCCUAUGGACGCUUGCGUAUUCUCACUGUGAUUUUCAGUGAGAAGCACGCAAGCGCCUCUAGCGGCUGUCAAUGAGACAGCCGCUAGAGGCUUUGGGGGAAGGCUUAACCCAUUGAUAAACAUAGCAGUGGUCCUUUAACUCCUAAAUGGUAGAUAAUUGAACUGUGACACUGCAGGAUAACACCAGGGAUAAACCGAUAUAACUAACUUUUUUCCAGAGCUGAUGCCAAUACAGAUUAUCUGUGGCCUUUCACGCAGAUUGAUAACCAGUGCUGAUAUUCUGUAAUGUUUUCAUUUUUUGAAAGCACCACAGUUUCUUCCCAAAAUGGCAUUAAACAAACACGCUUGCAGCAAUCACACUCCUAUCACUGUCAGCCAACCCAGUACAUUACUGUAGAUCACUUACUGUCUCGUUUCCCUACAUGUGGGAUCUCACAGGGAGGGGUGAAGUGAGUUUAUGACAGUGCCUCUUUGGAUGGCAGCUGGAGUUUCUGUAUUUGGAAGAUUGCGUGCAGUGACAAAAAGGAGAUAACGUUAUCAGGAAUAUUGCUAAAUUACAAGGUCACUACAACAAUCUGCUCACUGUCUAUCCCCAAUCUUUACACCAAAACUGCAUUAACAUGGUUGUUACUGCUUUGUGUCCCUUUAAAGCAAAGUAGCCAAACCAGGAAAAUUCAACAGUGCAUUAGUUUGGCUACGUUCUCUUUUUUUUUUAUUUAUUUAUUUUUUUUUAAAUUUGAAAAUUCACUUUGAAUUCCCAACAAUGGUCAUGUUACAGGUCACUGACUAAAGGACUUGCAUUUAAACACUGGAUUGGUAUCUUAGUCUCCGGGCCUAUGGUACUGUAGAACACUGCAUAAACAUGUGCAUGGGACACAAACUGCAAUAAAAAGAAAAUCGAAUGCUGCUAGCAGAAGCAAUUACAUUUUAAUCCUAUUUUGUGAUGUAUUAGGAAGUGGUCUGCCCACUAAUCCGUUAAAGAUGUGCAAUGUAAUCCUUUCAAUCUUAUGGGUGUGCCCUACUAAAUAGCCAAAUCCGUGGACAAAAAUCUUUCACAGUAUUCUAAUGGGUCAAAACUAAACCAGGAUCUGUACCUGGAGAUCUGUGGGGUUAUUCAUAGUGGCUGAAUUUAGACUUAACUAUAGCUUGGCUAUAUAGUUAUAGUAUAUUUCUGUAAUUUUUUUCCAAUUUUUAACAAUUCACUGUUGAGUCAAUAAACCCCAGUACUGAUCGGAGAAGCCGGCUCUGGCUUUGAGAUGUUGAGAAAAUAAGAUUAUUCAGCAUGCUGACAAGAGAAUCUGCUCUUGAUGGGCUCCAAAUGGAAGCGAUUGUGGUGGCGUUCGCUGGCAGCAUCUCCGCUAGUCUGACAGGACGCAGAACUUGUGUCUGGAUAAUGCUCCUUUACUCGGACUCUGUUCUGUAGAAAUGCCAAGCUUGUUCUGGUGCGACCUGAAUGGAAACGUUUGUGAAUACUUUAUUCUCUUCCCCCCCCCCGCCCCUUCUCUGUGAUCUAAACCUGGCUCUGCUCUGGUGCUGGGAAAUGUCGGCAGAAGCUGUAUUGAAAAGCAUGCUGUGUAGAAUCCUUCCAGAUGGGUAGCACAGACUAAAGGGACCAAUACUGAGGUUUUCUCCUUCUGAGAGUAUCUGGUUAACAACUUAAAGAGGUUUUCAAAGUAUGCCAGUCCAACUCAAUUGCUUAUAGUAGCAGAAUAAAGGCUUCAAAGUGGCUUGCCAUAGUGAUCUGAAUUGUUGGCAUCUUGCAGUUGACUAUUGGCUAAACCAGGACAGUAGCAGAUUGGUGCAGCAAGUAGAUUGCGUAAUCCAGUCCUGUUUGUACUGUACAGCAGACGUUGUCGUGCAAUGUGCUGUUGAGAUUUCACUUAAAGGAACACUAUAGCACCAUGAAUACAAAUCUGUUCUUGUCCCUACUUGUUUUCAGGACUCCAUUGUUUUCAGUGGGAAGCAAAGUACACCUCCUCCCCCCUCCCCCCAUCCUACUCUUUCCCAAGCACCAGGACUCCCUUGCCACUGCUUACCUCUCUGCUUUCUGUGAUGUCAGAGGUGGCAUGGCCUCCUAGGCAAAGGUCCAUUCCUGUGCUCCUCAGAGGAGUAUUGGGGACCUGAUGUGCCACGCUCACUAAAAUUUCCCCAUAGGAAAUCUUUGCAUUCAUGUUUCUAUGCAGGCCCCCACAUUGCAUGAUCAAAUUUUUAUUUGGCAGCGGCUACGUGCAAUGUCUUGCACUGUAGGGUUAAAAGGAUGGACACUGCACACAGACCACAUCACUGUGAUGGCAAGUAUAAACCUAACACUGUAUGACUGUUAAUCAGGUGGAUGUAUGACAUUGAUAAGAUUAACAUGGAUCUGGUGGCUCCUCAAUGAUCAAAACUUUGUGGACAUUCUUGAACUUGUCAGUCUUCUACACAAGAUCUUGCAGAAACCCAGGUAUGCAGGACAGUUGCAAAGUCCUGUGUUCAACAAAGAUUAACAAAGUGUUUGCUUUCAGGCUGCUCCUUAUAGACUGGGGUGCCCAAAAAUGAGAUCAUAGCAGUUUCAAAACUGCAGUUCCUAUUAUUCUCAAACAGCAUUAAGAAUGUUGGGUUAUCAUGGGAGCUUUAAUUCCGUAACCACUUUGUACCUGCAGAGUUAGUCUGACCGUUCCUUGCAGUAAACUCUGUGCUUCCUUCCGUUUUUGGGCAGUAGCAUUAAAAUAUUAUUAUAAUGGCAUAGACCGUUCCCUGGUCCUCUAACUUUGCCAAAGCUAACUUCUACUCUUACAGUACAGUAUGCCCAUCUGUGUUCAGUAAAUACUUUGAAGGUCAACAUUUUUCUUUUCCCUUGACAAUCUGAAAUCCAUAGACUGUUCAUGAGGCCAUAGAUCCGAUGACCGUUUCCAAGAAUAAGGGAAAAGGUUACCUUUUUAUUUUUCAUACAGCACUUUAUUGUGAGUGGUUAGAAAAAGUAUACCAGCUGCCAAUAUGUGACUAAACUGACCCUCAUCUUGUGCCAUGUAUAAUCCAUGGGAACUUGUGUUGGAGGUUGCAGUAUUCUGAGAAUGGUGGUUUCAAACUUUUACUCUUCAAUUUAUAAAGCCUAAAGUAAUAAAAUAUACUAAUGUCAAUGGGUGGGGAUGAAGAUGCAAGUAGACACGAUCUGGCAGAGCUGUGUUAACAGCAAUCCAAGGAAUUCCUGGACAGGAAAGGGUGUGUUUGAUGCCACUGCAUGGCCUUGGGCAGAAUGAAGGUCCAAAUAACAAAGGCACAGAAUAAAAAGCAAGUCCCAUGAGCUCACUCUAACUUCCGGUCUUGUUCCUCAUGUCCGUACAGCUACUGAAUUCCAUCGGCAGGGAGGAGUCUGGGUAAUCUUAGUCACUUGGAUAAGUUUCAAUCAACAUCAAGCUAUAUAAAGCAGACUUGGAGGACUUGAUGGAUACAAAACCUGGAAUGUGUUUUUUUAUUUUUUUAUUUUUGUCUCGCACUUGAUAGUGGGCUAGAUACUGCCAUAAGUCAUCUAGAAUUUGGUUAUUAAAAAGAAAUUGUAUGGUAGAUGCAUUUUUUACUGCUCAGCUGUGACCACAAACGUAUCUAUACUUUGUCUGCAGGCCGUAUUACCUGCUGAUACAGGGAGUAUUGUGCAAUAAACACAAGGUGUAGGUACAAACUUUUAUCUUAAUCUGCACACAUGGAUAUACCUGUCUAAAAUGGACAAUCUUUGAGAAGGUGAUGUUGACCCUCUAAGUAAGCAUUCUGGACUCUCUCAAUCCUAAUUUUAAAAUGUUGCCCAGAGAAUGGAUUUUUCGAGAAGCUAGCUUUUGGAUUAUUAAUAAUUUGGUGAACAAUUGUAACUUUAGCAUUAAAGCUGGAACAGGAUGUCUCUUGUGUCUAUUGCAGUAGAACUAAAGCAAUGUGUGACAUUGCUUCACUUGACACCUUGGUAUUCUGAGGAUAAUGUAAAGAUGGCCUUUCUAAACCUCCAUAACACUUUGCUUAACCGCACUCUCAACUGGAGAGUCGAGGAUCAAGGUUCCUGUCCUAGAGAACUAACCAAAUGAGUACCUGGGGGUGGAACAUCACUGAACCAAUGUGCUUGCUCAUUACUGGUGACUGGUACAAAGCAGAUAAACUUAUCAAGAAUUAACGCAUGUGGACUCUGAAGUCAACCUUUCUAUAUAGAAUUCUUUCCUCUUGCUCUGCCUGUGAUUGUCUUGGUCAGAAACUUCCAUUAAAUCCUCAUCUUGAGUCUGUCUGACCUCUUGGACCUAGUUUCCUAUGAGAACCAGGACUUCUGCAAAUUGCAAUGCUGACUACCAUACAUGUAAUCUAGAAAACUUCUCAUGAUGCCAAAGAGAGCCAUCGCUAGUUCCUCAGAAUCUUAUUCAGAAAUUUGGAGAAUGUGUUUUAUAUUGGUGGUUUCCCACCUACAUGUGUUUCUGGACUGUAGCUGAAAGAUGGUCCGCAGAUUGUUUAGGGGUAAUUUGUUUUGAGGUGGGGUAAGGUUAAUGUCUGAAAGUCUUGUUUAAUAAUCACAUAUGAUAGAUUUAACCAAUCAGAAAUUUUUAUUUUUUCCUUCCCUUUAAAGAGGAUUUCUUAAAAGCUGAUGCCUCCAAAAUGACAGAUUUUGUAUUAAAUAGCUGAUUUUUAACUGAUGAGAAUUGGCUCAAACUGACCAUUAACACCAUGAAGCACAGCUUUGGAAUUAAAAUGAUGGAAAGUUUCAAUCACAUCCUUAAAGGGUUAAAACCAAACUCUUAAAGUCCCUCUAACUGGAACCCAGUCGAAUAUAGGUCUGCUUCUCAAAGUAGCUGAUCUUAAAGGUACCAGUUCAACUUGACCCCUGGACAGUGCCACACUAGUCCAUAAAUGUCUCUAAUGGUGCUUAAUGCUUGUGAUAUUAAAUACUACUCAAAAUGGCUUUAAUGGGGCACUGCAGUCUAGUACUCUUUCUCUGUACGCUGAGAUUGGGCGUUUCAGAUUACCCAGACUGUGCUGGCAUGCAUAUAAUCCAGUGUGUACAAUGUUCAGUAUCCGUUAUCUAGAUAAAUGUAGUAUCCCUUUAAACUGACUCUUGAGCAAUCCUCUCACCCUGUUUGCAGACUGCAUUGUAAGAAUGAUAACUUUGUUGCCAUGUUCUCCACUAAACUUCAAUAAAACGACUUGGGAAGUGAUCGAGACUUCUAUAGUGGUGAUAAGAUUCCUUGAGGACGUUUACAGACCUUGAAGUCUUUUUAUAUUUUUAUUCAUGUCAGCCUGUCUUGAGAUUAGUAGAAAGGUCAUUACUGCAGGGAAACUAUGAAAGGGAAGUCCUGUAUCCAUUCUCCUCUGCCAGAUGUGAGGAUGUCCUAAACAUUCCAGGGGUUAUCUGAAUGCGGCAUGCACUUCCAGCUUUAACUGCUCCUGAACCCUUUCACUGCCAGUAAGCUUGAUAAAACCAGAGCCUAUUUAGUCUAUCCUGUGGGAGUGUGGCACGUUACGGACACCAAAAGGGGUUAAAGCUCUCUGUAGCAAACCUCUUUUGGGUUGUGUCCACUUCUCUGAGAUGUGUCAAACAAGCAUUUUAAUGCAUAAGCCACCAAUCUAAUCUGCUGCAAACCAUAAAAUUCUGCUUUUGGCUGUAGUCUAGCCAGUUUGAAAUAGGCUACCAAGUGCCAUAGGCAGUGCCAAGGGGGCUCAGAUUUCUCCCCCUCUCCAUUCAGAUUGUGUACAUUGAGGCUUUGUAGAGUCCUUGAUCUGACUUGGUUUUUAUGCUUUUCCAAACCACUGAGAGAAUAGGAUUUCACUGUGUCGAAGGUUUGUUUUUGGAGGGCCCUUGUUCUGUAAGGAAAUGGGGCUGGAACCAAGAACUUACACUGCCCCCCCUCCCCAUCUCCUUCCCCCAAACCCUGCAGCAGGAGGGAGAGCCAGAUUCCUGGCAGGCUGCUUCUUGCUUGUGCUUUCCAUAUAAGGCCAAAAAAUGCUGGAAACUUCAGUGAUUAGUGGAGAAGUCUGCUCGCCCAUAAGAAGGGGCUUCGUUAGGGGUGGAGAUCUAGGGUGGGGGUGGGGCAGUCCUUCAGACCCUCUGACUCAGUCUUCCAAAUGUCUUUCCUCCUAGUUUGUUGGCAGCAUUAACACUUGUAAUGCUGAAAGGGCAGGGACGCAAGUUUAUUAAUAGCACGCACUCGUUCAGUGGGUGACCUAAUCUGAGGUUUAAAGAACAUCACAAGAAAUGUCUGCAAUAACCCCAAACUACAUUACAGUAGCUAAUGCCCGGUAUGUUCUGCACCAACAGGUAAAGCGGUUUAGUUGGUCUGUCUAUAAAUGCAUCCAGAUAUACACAAUACCAUCACUACUUCACAAGGCUACCAAGCCACCUGAUCACUUUACACAUGUGUAGUCCUUCAUGAUUUAUCCUGUCCAAUAAAAGUGCAAAUGUUUCAUUGAAUCUAGCAUUGUAUGGGAGUCUUUAAAAAUGAACACUGCUCCCCCUCCCAUAGUAAAGGAUAUUCAACUGCUUGGUUAGAUGUAGCACAUUACCUAAACAAUAAAAUUAUUUUCUGGAGGUCCUAUAUAGUCAUACCAUACACAAUGUAUCACAAUUGGGGAAAGGAUUAAAUGUCUAUAAUAUGUAGUUUGGUUACACCACUGAAGUUAAAGGAUCAUAACCAGUUUUGCAAGAUUGACCACUUUGAAAAAUAAACCUUCAAGUAGUCCAUACACUAUGGAAUCUGGCGAUAUUAUGAACAUGUUACUUGGAAAGUUGUCCCUGUGCACAUAUUUGCACUGUCUAUUAUGGACCAGAAUCUGGGGCAAUGAUGGCUGUUGUAUUGUCCUGGUUUCAAGCAUAGGCGAGACUCUUCCAGAACAUCCUUUAGAUCAGUGGUUCCCAACCCAGUCCUCAAGGCACCCUGACCAGUCCAGGGUUUAGGGAUUACCCAGUUGUGUCUAAGGUGUUUUUACAAAGAAGAAAAAAAACACCUUACACACAACUUGGUAAUCCUUAAAUCCUGGACUGGUCAGGGUGCCUUGAGGACUGGGUUGGGAACCACUGCUUUAGAUGAGGCUGUGGCUUGUCAUUGUCACAAUUUAGCACUGCUUUUUGCUCUCAAUAGACAGCAGUAGGGAUCAGCCGAUAUUCUGUAUUUUCAGCAAUAUUGGUAUAAACCAAUUAAGAUACUGAUAUUGCUGAUCAUGCAGACAAGGGCUGCCAUAAGGGUCCUGGGGGACCCAGUACACACUUGCCUUCCCAGCAGCUCCCUUCAGUUCCCCUGUCUAAAUCUUGCGAGUCCCACGGCCGUCAGAGCGUUGCCACAGGUUACAUAGGCUGUGAUAGUUAGACAGGGGAGCUGAAGGGAAGGUAAGUAAGAGUGUGCUGGCCCCCCAGGGAAUGCCAUAUUUCUCUCCCUCCCCCACUCCCUGGCCAGGUAAGAAGCAGAGGGGGACUAAAAUAAAAUGCCCCCCGUUUUACACACAUUACAUACCUACACCAACACACACUCUGCAUUCAUUAUAUGCAUCCACUACACACAUUCUUGAAAAUAUAAAUUGACUGGCAUGUAUAUUUUGUGCAUUAUCUUAAUAAAGAUUUGCAAAAAAUAAAUAAUCCUGUGCAGUUGUAGAUUUGUGUUGAAAUUUAUUUUCAAAAUGGUAAAUGUACAGAAUAUCAGAACGUUGUCCUGAAAGUUGAUCUGUAUCUGCUCUUAAAAAAUCUGUUGCUUUCCCUAGACAGAGGGUAAGCAUGCACAUCUUGUAGGUUUUAGUGUCUGCAGGGAGAAGAUCUCUUGGGCCAGAUUCUCAGAUGCACAGUCCAUAUACGGCUAAAAUAUCUAUUGAGAUUGCUUGACUCACAAUUCAGCAAUCCCAACUGUUUCCUCUAUUCUGACCACAUAGACCCUUUCCAUAAAUCCCUGUACUAUAGCUGGACUUUCUGGGGGAGCCUGGUCAGAACAUUCCUCAUGUGCAAUGUGGGAUGAAAUUUUAGAAAUAUUUAGCAAGAGGUUUUAUAACUGAGUUAAAUGUUAGAUCAUCUUUCUGUCCCUUUGUGGGGACAUUUAAAGGAUUAACAUUUUAAUGUUUCCGAAUGUUGUAGAACUCUGCACUAUAUUUGCAAUCUUAAUCCUCACUACAGAUAUUAAAGAGUGUGGUGUGUUUUUUUAAAUAAUCUGGAAGCACCCACUGCUGCCAUUACCACUUGUGCCAAUUUAAUGGGAACCCUUGUAGCCAGAAAAUAUUUUUAGCCGAUCACCGAGCAAGAGCUAGCUUACAAGGUUAAGACAUCUCCGCGACAAAGUUCCACCAAACUGACUUUUGUUCAAACAAUGUUGCUCAGAUUGCCAUUUAACAAGGACAUUAAGGACUAGUAUUUAAUCAGCCACAGGCCUCCAUUGCUAGACACCGCUGCCAAUUGCUAAAGCUCUAAAUAAAUGGUUAAAGGCUUUUCAGUAUUUGUUAAAUACGAUGCCAAAUGCAGUGUUGUGAGAACUUUCCAUUACUCAAACUUGUAGUUUUGUCCCAACACCGUUGCUAGUACAGUGAGGUUGUUCAGGAUUCCUGUAGAAACCUUCAAGCGGCCUGCAGAUUUAAUGUCCAUACUCUUCACGGUCACAGGACUGUUCUUUUGCGACCCUGUCAAACCAAUGUGUGGAACUACCUUGGAGGGGAUGCGAUUGCACCAUUAAGUUAAACAGAAAUGUAAAGUAAAAAAUUGCUGCCAUAAUGAUCCACACGUCUCAAACUAUAGACUUUUGAGUUUAAAAAUGAUUAGAAAAAAAUAUGGCUGGAAAGCACAGGCCUCCUUUACAUUGGAAUGUAGUGGGCUUUUUUAUGUUCUUUAGCCUGUUUAGUCUACUGAGUCAGAGAAUUUCUGUGGUCUGACUCCAUAUAUUGAAGGGAUGGUAAUCUUUUCUGACUGCAGAGGAAGACCAUACUGCGUUCAGCCAGACACUGUAUCUUAAGUUAAACAAUGUUCUCGAGCAAUGCUUGGCUUGACAAACCAGUGGCAUCAUAAUGUUGGCUUGGAGAGCACAUGGAUUAAAGCAUUUUUAAUCUUGGUAAUUCUAUGCAAAUGUAGCAUUUGAGUAAUGGAGCGGAUGUGCUUGUUCUCUAAUCAUGCUCCAGCAUUGACGUUUCCAGUAGUGGGCUUCAAAGUAUUGGAUAGACUCCACUCAAUCCAAUUCUGGACAAUCACACAGAGCAUCAUUCCAUAAUUAUGGAGGAAAGAUGUCUCUAGGACACAUGUUGUUGACGAGGAAAAGUGGUCUUUCCAUCUUGCAAGUGAAUGUUUAUGUAAAUGUUUUUUUGUAAAUUGUCUGUUUGCAAAAUUAUGGAAAGUCCUGCAUCUGAUCUCUAUAAAACCAGUAAAUGUGGUCUAGCCUUUAAAAGCCAUGGUUAUCUGGCUAGCAAUAUGGUUCCACCACCCAAACAUGACUAAACUGGUCUGUUCUUUACACAACACUUUAGCCAUGAGUGCAGUCAAGUAGUGCAAAGUUAUAAUUAAGAUGAGGCUCAUAAUGUUUGGCUUCUAGACAACUGCAGAAGUAGGUAGGUCCAGGUCUGUCAAAAUCUCAAGUAGAGGUUUUAUUUGUUUAGAAACAAUGUCUUUCAGUGUAGCAUGAUCUGAAGUCUAAUGUGUGGGUAUUUUUAAUUAGAUCUGGAUAUACAUGUUUGUUUGAAUCCUGCCAGUUAGAGUUUCAGAAUUUUUUUGGACAUGCUGUUUUAGAGAAUCUAGUGUUAAAUUUCCAUCAUUCUUAUGUGUAACACUGGUCAGACUAAACACUCUCCGAUCUGUCUUUAGCCUUCAGGAAAAGGCCUGUUCUCAUGCUGAUCCUGCAUUUAUCUCUCCCUGAUUGGCAGACUGACAACUCACUCAUCUGUGCCCCAGUGUCUCAUACAGCUUUAUUUUUUUGUACAGACUAAAACACUUGGUAUGACAAUAAUAUAGGCCAGUCACUGUCCAAUUUCGGAUAGCAUGGCUAAUCUUGCUCCUGUGACCGCAGUCAACAUGAUUAAAAUACCUGACAUUAAGUGCCAGAUUGCAGACUUCAGCUGCUUGGCAGCAAUAAGACUGUCUAGAUCUGCUUCUGGGGGAAAAAAAUAUUUAAAUUAUUCAAUCUUAAAGGGACAUGAACCAUUAUUCUUUAUAAUUCCUGAUUCUUUCAAGACAAGGAAGUGUCUUGUACCAUACCAUAGACAUCUAUGGGAGUGCCAUGAGCCUAUACCAUAAUCCCCAAUGCAGACCCUUUUGAUAAUUAUGCUUGAAUUCACCUUACAGGACCUUAAAUCUUCUUCCAGUGGGAAGGCAUUGAAACUAAUUUAAAUUAAAAAAGAACCAGAUUCUAACCUGCAUUGUUGAGGUGCCCAGUGUGUCUGUCAACUGUAACUAAACUCUUUAUUUCAAUAAAGGUCAACAAGAGGUUGUUUAAAUUUUCUUUUUGUGUUUUUUCUUUUGCAGACAGUAAAGCCAUUGUUGAUGGAAACCUCAAGCUCAUCCUGGGUCUCAUCUGGACCCUCAUUCUGCACUAUUCCAUCUCCAUGCCUAUGUGGGAUGAGGAAGAGGAUGAAGAGGUCAAGAAGCAGACUCCAAAACAGAGGCUAUUGGGAUGGAUCCAGAACAAGCUUCCUCAGCUGCCAGUCACAAACUUCAGCAGGGACUGGCAAAGUGGCCGAGCUCUGGGUGCCCUUGUGGACAGCUGUGCUCCUGGUAAGCAUGUUUGCAGUUUUUUUUUUUUAGCUGCACUACAACCGGGCUUUGUGCUAUAGUAACCGUGUGAUCAGUCUUGGUUUAUAAUCUAGUUCUGGGACACUUAUGCAACUUGCAGUUCAUAUCUCAUUACAUUUUCUUUGAGGCCAAGAGACGUUGUCACUUAAAGGUGGCACAAGGGAAACUUAAGAUCCCCACUAAAUGUUAAGAUUGCGUAGUCAUUAAAUUGGUAUAAUCACAGAUAUGCCCAGAACACAAUUGUAGGAUUUAUCCUGGUGAAGGGCAAAGGUUAAACUAAAUAUACAGUACAAAACUAAAAAUUAAGCACUAACAAAGUUCUCUGUUCAGCAGUGGCAACAACCUGCCAAGUUUUCCUCUUGGCUGUAAUCCUUUUUAACAAUUUGUAGGUAGUUGCGCUUUAAACUGCUGAAUAUGCAAAGUAAAACAACCUAUGGUUCUAGCCUGUUCUAAAAUUUAGUCGUCUUCUUCCAGGUCUCUGCCCAGACUGGGACUCCUGGGAUGCUAGCAAGCCUGUGGACAAUGCACGUGAAGCCAUGCAACAAGCCGAUGACUGGCUGGGAAUUCCUCAGGUAAGUGGCCCAGCUACAUAUAUACACCAGUCUUCUCUUUACGGUUUGCAUACUGCGUGCUUCCAAUAUGGGCUACAAACAGUAGCUGGUUAAAACCUGCUAAUUGACUAAUCUUAGUGUAAUCUCAGAAGCCACUUCCUGCCUUUGUUCUGUGUAAUUGGUAGACUACUUUUGGGCUCUGUCAAUGUGUAGCUCGGCUUCAUUUAAAGGAAGAUCUUAAUGUUUUCUAUAGUGUUUAAAUGCAGGAAUCUACCUUUAGUAUAGAUUCUAAAGUGCUUGAAAUAAAAUUCCCUAAAAUAUAUGUGCAGAGGUCCUGGGUGUCUUUAGCUUUUGCUCCAAACUAUAGGAGCAGGCUAGAAGGACAUGAACGAGGAAUGUUUUUAACUUUUAUACCAAUACUGUAUUUGUUCCAAACUUGCAUCGACACUCCUGGGUGCCAUCUCAACUGUAAAUUGUUCUGCUAAAGUACUUGAACAUGGGUCUUGAGGCAGAACCAAAAUUACGUUACUUGCAACCAUAUUGAGACUAACAAACGAAAACUUAAUGUUAACAAAUUAAACUUUUAAUGGAAAGAUUGGACUUGAACAAGUGGUGGAACCAGAUGGUGUCUGUAUAGAUUUUGCAUAUCCUUUCCAUUGGGUGUAAUUGGAGAUGGGAGAAUUAACAAGUGCCAUAUUUGCUCAAUAACUUUUAUUGAUGACAUUGGCUUAUGAAUAGUGUGCCCUCUAGAUAAUCCAACAGCUGAAUUCAGUUUAUCUACUAUUCCCUUUCUUGCAGGUGAUCACUCCAGAAGAAAUUGUGGAUCCCAAUGUAGAUGAGCACUCUGUCAUGACCUACUUGUCUCAGUUCCCUAAAGCCAAGCUGAAACCUGGUGCUCCCCUCAGACCAAAACUCAACCCCAAGAAAGCAAGAGCCUACGGGCCAGGUAAGUUUUUUGACUAAAGUCAGAAGUCCAUGGAAGUACUGGCUAUGGUAGAACAUAUUAAAAGCCUGGAAACUAACUUCUUCCUAAUUCCAGGUAUCGAGCCAACUGGUAACAUGGUGAAGAAGCGAGCUGAAUUCACAGUGGAAACAAUCAGUGCUGGAAUGGGGGAAGUUCUCGUUUAUGUGGAAGAUCCUGCCGGGCACAGAGAGGAGGUAGUUAGAAUGGAUAAUGAGUUUAUCUUGGCUUUGGCACUAUCUAGUAUGAUCCAAAUCACUAAAGCAGUGGGCAUGGCUGGGGUCAAAUGAGCCAUUCAAUGAGUGACUCACCAACUGGUUUAUCUUCUAAUGUACACUUAUCAAUUUCCUUUUUAGGCCAAAGUCACCGCCAAUAAUGAUAAAAACAGAACAUUCUCCGUCUACUAUAUCCCCAAAGUUACUGGAAUGCACAAGGUGAGUUUCCUUUAAUCCAGUAGGAUGUCAUCCAGACCAAUUAAUUUCUCCAGUGAUUAAAAUGUUAAAGCAAUUUUCUAUAAAAAGGAAACUCCGAUGAAGACCAAAUAAGUUAAGUAGACUAUUUGGUCUAGAACACUAAGUUUAUUUUCCUUCUUUGGUUUAAUGUCCUCUGAAUACUGGCUGACCUAUGCUUUGUAAAGAUCCUGAGACUUGACAUUCUAAUUUGUAUUCCCCCCCCCCUCCACCCAAUAGGUGACUGUUCUGUUUGCUGGGCAGCACAUUGCAAAGAGUCCAUUCGAAGUGAACGUUGAUAAAUCUCAUGGGGAUGCCAGCAAAGUGACCGCUCAGGGUCCUGGCCUCGAGCCCAGCGGAAACAUUGCAAAUAAAACAACCUACUUUGAGAUCUUCACUGCAGGUGCGUGGGCUGGCUGGAUGAAAGGGGUGUCCUACUGAAGGAUCUAUCAGUAUGCUUUGUUGGGCUGGUCUGAGUCGGCAGCAGCUGGUGUGACUUGCACGUGGCAGUGUAAAUAGCUGAAAAUCCCCCGUUACAUGUAGCCAAUUUUUAUCAGACUUCUCAAUCAGGCACAUUUGUCUCCAUUAACUGAUCUGAGCAAGCAGCUGCUCUCCUGGAAAAACUAGUAAUGGAAAAGGUGAAUUGGUGUAGUCCUUCUAUAUUUGUUUGUAUUAUGAAAGUUGAUACACUUCCCAAAAGGAAAUAUUUAAUAUAGAAUGCAAUUUGAGGUCCAUGGAACACUGACACACCAGUGUUGAAUCUGAUUUAGGAUGUGGAGCAACUGUCAGACUACUUUCCCUAGCAACGUCUCUUUUUAGAACUUUAAAUUGCUUGUGGACCCUAGGCCUCGUGAGGGUUAAAAUUCUGCAACUAUCUGGGAAAUAUAUAUAUAUAUAUAUAUAUAUAUAUAUAUAUAUAUAUAUAUAUAUAUAUAUAUAUAUAUAUAUAUAUAUAUAUAUAUAUAUAUAUAUAUUUUUUUUUUUUUUUUAAAUGCAUGUUUUUCUGUGCAGGUGCUGGUGUCGGUGAGGUGGAAGUAAUUGUUCAAGACCCUAAUGGCAAAAAGGAUACAUCUGAAGUUCUUUUGGAGGAUAAAGGCAGCAGCACCUACCGUUGCACCUAUAAACCCACCAUUGAAGGGGUGUAUACCAUCUAUAUAACUUUUGCUGGGGUGCCAAUUCCAAAGAGCCCUUACACGGUCACCAUUGGUCAAGGUAAGUCCUCUUAAUUAGUACAAUCUGCCCUGUUCUGAAUUGGUGUGGGUGGCUUCUACUUUAUUAGGAACGUGGUGUUUGCCCACAUGCUUUACAUUGUAAAGGAAAAAGGCUGAACUGGAUAGUCUCCCUUGGCAGACCACAAGUGUAACUUGCACUUUAGUGUCACCUCUACAGUGCUUCGGAGUACAUGGCGAGCUCAGAAAUUAUGCACCUGUAACAAUUCAGUGUAAAUGGUGAAAGGACUCAAAGCCACUUUAUUUUAUUUUUCUUCCUACUUCUUGACUUAAACUUGCAGGCUAUGAGAAGCUGUGGUAGAUGCAGGCAAUUACUGCUGAUGUCGCUGUAAGAUUCAAAGUAACUAGGUCUGGCUAUAGAAUGUAAAGUCCUUUAAAAUAGAAGUCUGGAACAUUGUAAAGUUAUUCUGACUCUCUCUAUACUGGAGAUUCAGAUUCCAAGCAGCAGUCUAGAAAGAUUGGGGUGUUCACAAAUACCUGAAUACACCCCUUAAGAGCUAUAAAACUUUACUGUUUGGCUAAAUGGCCUAAACUGAGUCAUGUGGUGGUCCAUGAAUCCAGUCUUUGUAAACAAGCUCCAAUGUUCUAGAACGAUGCAUAAACAAUCAGGUGUUGAGUGUCCUUUUUGAAGUGGGGCAUCUCAGCAGCAUAUCUGGAUCAAGCCACCGUUGCUUCUAAAUUUCUGUAUAAAACUUCAUGUGCAAGCCUAGCCUCUCUUGCAAACUACCUUUCCUUGUUCUUGAUGUAUUUCUCUUGCUUUAAGAUUCUUGCACUUCCUUUUUGUAUCUCAUCUCCUUUUCUCUCAUGCUUCAAUCUCUGGAAAGUGGUCAGCUUCCUGGACCUCUGUCUCCUUUCUAACUUGGGAAAGCUGGACUUGGAUUGCUUUACGGUACAUGUGCAUGCAAUGUGUUUGGGUGGAAACCUUUUUUCCCUAAAUCACCACUAAAGGGGUUUGAAAGCAUCUAGACUGUACAUGUCGCCCUAUUUGGGUAGCUGUAUUUCGCCUUAAUACUGGAAGAAGUUUUAAUGUCUGGCAGUAUUCUCAAACAAGCAUGCAUGUUUUUUGGGUUUGUUCUUGGCAGUUUGCCAUCUAAAGUUUUGGGAUAACUCGCUAGCUGUAAUCCUUAAAGCAUGUCUUGUGAAGUCUGCUAUUGAAUAAUAUGUAAAGAAUUCAUUCCACUGUCUAGUAAUCAUCAUACAUUUCCUUAUUUAGUAGUCACUUUUAUUUAAAUGUCUUUGACUUGCUCAGUACUUCAGACUACUAAAACUUUAUUUAUCUUCAGCGUGCAACCCCAAUGUUUGUCUAGCAGUGGGUCGUGGCUUGCAACCCAAGGGCGUACGUGUUAAGGAAACUGCAGACUUCAAGGUCUACACAAAAGGCGCUGGAAGUGGAGAACUGAAGGUCGUUGUGAAGGGACCAAGUGAGUGACUAUUUGAUUUGGUUAAAAUCUAUGAAAGACUGACUUUUGAACUUCAGACAAACCAUUCAAAUGUCUCUGCUUCCCCAAAACAGAUUUUUUGAAUUUAAGAACUACUGAACACUGUCAACAUAGGCCAAAAAACAAACUAUCAAUAGUGCCGCUUCCAUUUCAAGAAACUGGUUCUCUUUACACUGGUAAACUAGAAAUGAAACCGGCUUUAAAAACAGAGUAGAACUAUGAAUUUUCCUUCUUUCCAUGUAACUUUACCACUUAGAGGGCUUUGUCUCCAAUUUGUUAAUCUGCAAUCUUCUUCUCCAGAGGGUACAGAAGAACGUGUUAAACAAAAAGACCUAGGUGAUGGCAUCUACUACUUUGAAUAUUAUCCAACUGCCCCUGGAAACUACACUGUUACAAUCACCUGGGGCGGUCAGAAUAUUCCCAGAAGGUGAGCUUCUUGACUUCUGUCUGGAUGAUGACCUAGAGGAAGAUUAUUUUUUGUUGAACUAACAUCUUUGUUCUUAGUCCAUUUGAGGUGAAGGUUGGCUCAGAGUGUGGACCACAGAAGGUACGUGCAUGGGGACCUGGUCUUGAAGGAGGAGUUGUUGGGAAAUCUGCUGACUUUGUCGUAGAGGCUAUUGGCGAUGAUGUGGGAACUCUCGGUGAGUAGGUGCAAUAUAUGUAGGGUAACAAAGUUAAUUGCACACAUAAACGGUCUUCUAACUUUGAAUAUGACCGUGAAAUACAAUGAAUGGCUGGCUAAUAUGCAUGCACUAAUGGGCUGAUCUUUUCUCUGUAGGCUUCUCAGUGGAAGGUCCAUCUCAGGCAAAGAUUGAAUGUGAUGACAAAGGUGAUGGGUCAUGCGAUGUUCGCUACUGGCCACUUGAAGCUGGAGAAUAUGCUGUACAUGUACUCUGCAACAAUGAGGACAUUAAGUUGAGCCCCUUCAUGGCUGAAAUAAAGCCAGCCCCCAAAGACUUCUUCCCAGAGAAGGUAAUGACUGGACAAAAUACUCAGUCUGUUUCCUCUGCUUACUGGAGUAAAGCCUUCUAGCAUAUUUAUAUAUCUUUUAGACUUUAGGUUAUACAGUAAAAUUCUCAUGCAAAGCCUUCUCCUUCCUCCAUUUAAGGUAAAGGCAUAUGGACCUGGAUUGGAGAAGACUGGAUUGGCCAUUAACAAACCAGCAGAAUUUACUGUUGAUGCCAAGCUUGGUGGUAAGGCACCACUCAAGGUGUCUGUACAGGUAUGUGCGUUUGUCAUAUUCUAGUCAUGUAACAUCAAGAUUUGACAAGAACAGUUCUCAGUUUCAUGUUCUCUAUCCUCAGGAUUCUGAGGGAACCCCAGUAGAUGUAAUCACAAAAGAUAAUGGAAACGGAACAUACAGCUGCACUUACCAGCCAAAGAAGCCAUUGAAACACACUGCAGUAGUGUCUUGGGGAGGGGUUAACAUUCCAAACAGCCCCUUCAGGGUAAGGCCAUGUCACUAUACACCACACUAUCAAAGGAUUAUUUAUCAUGUUUAUGCAUACUGAGAGCAAGAUGGCACUUGACCUGUAGAAUUUGUCUUAAAACAAAAUGCUGCAGACUAUAUAAAUGGAAACUAAAGAUUUUUUUUCCUAUGGCUUUUAGAUGACCAUUGGUGCUGGAAGUCAUCCCAACAAGGUGAAGGUGUAUGGCCCAGGUGUUGCAAAGACUGGCCUGAAGGCACACGAGCCCACCUAUUUUACUGUGGAUUGUACAGAAGCUGGACAAGGUGGGUUAACUAAUCAAAACUUACGCCUAAGCUGGAGUCUAAAGAAACCUGAACACUGUCUUACUGAUAUUUCUUCAUCUGUUAGGUGAUGUCAGCAUUGGUAUAAAGUGUGCCCCAGGUGUUGUGGGCCCUGCAGAAGCUGAUAUAGACUUUGACAUCAUUCGCAAUGAUAACGACACAUUCACUGUGAAAUACACUCCACCAGGAGCUGGAAGUUACACAAUCAUGGUUCUGUUUGCUAACCAGGUGACUUUAAUUUUUCAUUUCAUUUUGGCACUUGAUACUUAUUGCUGCCAAAUCUUUAUGGUGUGUGAUUAAAUUUUUUUUUUUUUGUACAUGUGGAGAGUCUUUUAAACUACUGCAAAGAACAAAAAAUCUUUGCGUAAUUUACUUCCUGGGAACUAUAAAGAGAAGCAUGAUUCCCUUCAUUAAGGGUUUGCCUGAAAUUAUGGCUUUUUCUGAAACCGCCAGUUCACUUUGUGAUCCAGAAGAGACUUGCUCAGACAUGCACAUGGAGCACUCAAGAUAUUCUGUUACCAGACAAAAAGGCAGAGCAGUAUUACGUGCACUGAAAAGACCUUAUCCUGUGUCCUGGUAAACAAUUAUGACUUCCCUGUACCUUUAGCAGCAUUUGUAUUGCUAACUUCUAACUAUGCAAGGUCCUUUUUGACACUUCCAUGAGGGCUUCCAAAAACGUGCAUUAAACAAUGUUGCACUGUGCUUGGUGACUUACUAGACUCUCAUCUCCUAGACUCUUACCCAAAAUUUAAGCUAGGUUAUGAAUUCUCUGCUUUAGAAAGCCUUAUGUGGAAUCUCAGAAUAUAACUUUAUAGUAACUUAUAUUUCCCUCUUCAGACCACACCAAUGAGUCCAAUCCGCAUCAAGGUUGACCCAUCACAUGACGCAAGCAAAGUAAAGGCAGAUGGUCCUGGACUGAAUAAGAGUGGUAAGUAGUCAUGUAGGAGUGGCUGUCUAAAACUUUGCACAUCAUCCACCGCUCUAGAAUCCUCGAUCCUUGCAUUGGUUUGACUUUGUGCUGGUAUCUCUGUAGGCAUUGACUUUUGUAUGGUUGUUUAUAUUUUGACUAGGUGUCGAGAUUGGAAAGCCUACCCAUUUCACUGUAAACACAAAGGCUGCUGGCAAAGCCAAACUAGAUGUACAGUUUACUGGACCUGCCAAAGGAGAUGCUGUGAAGGAUGUGGAUGUCAUUGAUAAUCAUGACAACUCCUACACUGUCAAAUACACACCUGUGCAACAGGUAACUCACUUAAACUUUGUGUGAUUUGUGUAUCUUUUUUUUUCCCCAACAGUUACACUUUAAAAAAAAAAAACCCACUGGCAACAAGUCAUUUGCAAUAUGCUCUUAAAAACGAUCUCAUAACCUCUGUAUCAUGCUGAAACUCUCCUCAUGAGCUCUCAAACCCAUUCCUGGAAUUUCAGAAAUAUAAAUUUAUUUUUUUCCCUUUUCCAGGGUAACUUGGGUGUGAAUGUGACUUAUGGAGGUGAUCAUAUUCCCAAGAGUCCAUUCCCAGUCAGCAUUGCCCCAACACUGGACCUCAGCAAGAUCAAAGUUUCUGGACUUGGAGACAGUAUGUAUUUUUUUUUUUAUUUUUUUGCUUCCAAUUCUAGUCUCUCUAAAUUGUAUGUGGAUUAAGCUUGAUUCUCUAUAGUGAUAGGCAAUGUAUGCAAAACUUGUAAAGAACAACUUAACUGCAAGAGAUCUAGGCUUUAUUGUACAGUUUUCUUGCUUUACCCCUCUGCAGUGUUUCUAAAGAUGUUGUACCAUCAUGCAUAGACUGGUACAAAACUUUGUUUUGCCUUUGUUCUCUUCCCCUCUCCAGAAGUAGAGGUUGGCAAGGAUCAGGAGUUCACCGUAAAAUCCAAAGGUGCAGGGGGACAGGGCAAAGUAGCUUCCAAAAUCACAAGCCCAUCUGGCAAGGCUGUUCCUUGCAAAGUGGAGCAAGGUUUGAGCCCUGAUAACAGCACGGUCAAAUUUAUCCCUCGAGAGGAAGGUCCAUAUGAAGUGGAGGUGACCUAUGAUGGUGUUCCAGUUCCUGGCAGCCCAUUUCCUGUAGAAGGAGUUCCUCCAACAAACCCCUCAAAGGUACAGAAAAGUCUUGUCUAACUGUUUAUACCUUGUAGAACCAACAUUUUGCUUAGUCCUUGCCAUGACUCAUCAGACUUCUAGAUGGAGUUUCUAAAAGUAUACUUGUGAUGGCUUGGCUUUCCAGGAAAUGGCUAUAGUUAUACAAUCACCAUCUUUAUGGUCUCUUGUGUGGGUUUUAAUUCUCCAGCUGUACAUAAUGUUGCUCUACUUGCAGGUUAAGGCUUUUGGGCCUGGGCUAAAAGGAGGCAAUGUUGGUGCCCCAGCCCCAUUCACCAUUGAUACCAAAGGAGCUGGGCUUGGAGGCCUUGGUCUGACUGUGGAAGGACCAUGUGAGGCAAAGAUUGAAUGUCUAGACAAUGGUGAUGGUACAUGCUCUGUGUCUUACCUGCCAACGGAGCAUGGAGACUACAACAUCAACAUUCUGUUUGCUGACACCCACAUUCCUGGAUCGCCUUUCAAGGCAAAGAUUGAGCCUUGCUUUGACCCUUCCAAGGUGACUUGCUCUGGCCCAGGUUUGGAACAUGCUCAGGUUGGGGAAGCUGGCAAAUUUAAUGUGGACUGCUCCAAUGCUGGCAGUGCCGAGCUGACAAUUGAGAUUAUAUCUGACACUGGAAUGCAGGCAGAAGUCCAUAUACAGGACAAUGGAGAUGGAACCUACACCAUUACCUACAUCCCACUAUACCCAGGAAUCUAUACCAUCACUAUAAAGUAUGGCGGACAAAUGGUUCCCAACUUCCCCAGCAAACUGCAGGUCAAGCCAGCUGUAGAUACUUCUGGAAUAAAAGUCUAUGGGCCUGGAGUGGAGGGAAAAGGUAGGUUUUUAUUUGACUUGUAUAACCUUUCAGGUGGAUUUUGCUGGACUACAAGACCUAAACCUGUAACUGCUUAUUCUCCCAGGUGUAUUCAGAGAAGCCACUACAGACUUUAAUGUUGAUGCACGUGCUUUGACCAAAACUGGAGGUCCCCAUCUUAAAACCAGGGUAUCUAAUCCAUCUGGCAACUUCACAGAUGCAUUUGUGCAGGAUAAUGGGGAUGGCACCUAUAAAGUGGAAUACACUCCUUAUGAGGAAGGUUGGUAGUUCUGUUUCUAUGUAGUCUGUGGGAAAUUAAAGCAUUGUAUUAAGUUAACUUGGCAAGAUUACAUCUGUUAUAGCUUGUAUUGAUAAAAUAUUAUAUUUGCAAAUAAAAACUUAUUUCUCUAGUUAUUCUCCUGGCAGUCAGUCCUUUUAUAGAAGGAGUUUUGUCCAAUACAGGUCUAAAGUUGAACUUAUCCCACUUUCUAUAGGGAUCCAUUCUGUUGAUGUAACUUAUGAUGGAAGCCCUGCACCCAAAAGCCCCUUCAGGGUUCCUAUUACUGAAGGCUGUGAUCCAACUAGAGUCAGAGUUCAUGGUCCUGGGAUCCAGAGUGGAACCACAAACAAGCCAAAUAAAUUCACAGUGGAAACCAGGUAACUAAAAUAAUCAAUACCUCUAGUUUGCAUUACAAAUACAUUUCUCUAUACUUUCCUUUUUUCUUUUGGAAUGUGCUUCACAGCCUUGCUUUUCUGCUGUUCAGUUAUGUUCAGAGAGCAUGUUGUAGUACUGGUCUCCUCCAAAUAAAACAUCACUACAAAAUGCAAGGUCCUAGUAGAUGGAACUUCAUCAUUUUCUGUCUUCAUAUGAAUGCCUUUAUUUUUAGGGGUGCUGGCACUGGAGGACUUGGUCUGGCUGUUGAGGGUCCAUCAGAGGCAAAGAUGUCCUGUACAGAUAACAAGGAUGGCAGUUGUUCAGUAGAAUACAUCCCAUAUGAGCCUGGUACUUACAGCUUAAAUGUCACCUAUGGUGGACAUCAAGUUCCAGGUAAGGCUUGUGUUCUGAGAACUGGGAAACCUGUCGACACUUAAAUGUUUAUAAUGGCAUUUAAUCUUUGGGAAGUUCUCUCUAAAAGGUAACAAAACAUAGACCUCUUCUGAAUAAUUGUUUUCACUUUGCAGGUAGUCCCUUCAAGGUUCCAGUUAAUGAUGUAAUUGACAGCUCUAAGGUGAAGUGUUCUGGUCCAGGACUCCAACCUGGGUUGGUUAGAGCAAAUGUCCCACAGUCCUUCAGUGUAGACACAAGCAAGGCUGGUGUUGCUCCUCUACAAGUCAAAGUUCAAGGCCCAAAAGGUAAGCUGGAAUUUAAACUAUUCAGAGGUUUGGUUAGAUUAAGAAUAUGGUUCUCAAGUACAUAACUGGUUGCUGUAAAAUGCAUUUAAUCUAAAAUACACUCUGCAAUGAAUUCACAAACCAUCCAGUAUCUUAAGACUCCAGCAGGAAAAGUACUAAAUAUAUAUGCUCAUCUAACGGUGUUCCUUUACCACCUGUUUAGGCAUUGUAGAACCUGUAGAAAUUGUGGACAAUGGUGAUGGAGUCCAGACUGUGAAUUAUGUUCCAAGCCGCGAAGGACCCUAUAACAUUGCUGUUCUCUAUGGAGAUGAAGAGAUACCCCGCAGGUAAAAAUCUUGUGGUAGAAAACCUGAACUAAAUGUAAUAGUCAAGCACUGGAGUCUUGAUUUAGUGUAUGAAAGUUCUGGACACAAACUCAACAUGGUAAACUUGAAGACUCAUGUUCUUACUUUUCCAGUCCUUUCAAGGUAAAGGUCUUACCAACUCAUGAUGCCAGCAAGGUGAAGGCAAGUGGACCAGGGUUGAAUACAACUGGGGUACCUGCCAGCCUGCCCGUGGAGUUUACAAUUGAUGCAAAGGAUGCUGGAGAAGGCCUUCUUGCUGUUCAGAUCACUGUGAGUCUCAUUCCAUUCCAGUGUUGGCUGAUAAACAGGCAGUCUGCUCCACAAAUGCUCACUUUUUUUUUAACCUACAGGAUCCAGAAGGCAAGCCUAAGAAAGCCACUAUACGUGACAACCAAGAUGGCACCUAUACAGUGUCCUAUGUACCGGAUAUGACUGGCCGUUACACUAUCCUCAUUAAGUAUGGAGGCGAUGAGAUUCCUUAUUCUCCUUAUCGCAUCCGUGCUGUUCCCACAGGAGACGCCAGCAAGUGCACGGUUACAGGUAAGCGGUUCUCAGGUUGCUUUGUUGGAAAGGUAUUCCACACUUCCUUACAAUUAACAGGUGCAUAUAAACUAUACACCGUUGCAAGAACAUUGUGUUCAAACUGACAACCUUGUGGUAGCUGUUUGUAAUGCUUUAAGACUUGCCAUUGCUGCUGGCAAGGCCAGAAUAGGAACUUAAUGCCAUAUAACUGUUCUACAGGACCCAACGUUAAACACUAGUCAACCAGUAUUAACCUGUCACGUAGGGCUGUAAUGUCUCUAGGUCUGCCCUGUAUUGUUAGUAGAAGUAAUUACUCCAGCUCUUCAGGUUUUAUACAAACUUGAUAACCCUUUUUGUUUAAAAAAAGUCCCUUGUGUAACUGAAUGGACCCCUUUCUUCCUCCCCCCCCCCACGAUGAAAGCCUGACUUCAGAUGUGUGGAGAUAAAUCUUGAGGAAACCAUAUUGGUCUGUUACUGCUGACUAUUUUCUAUAGGAAAGUUAUUUUGUUUUAGAUGGCCUGUUUGUAAAACAAAACACACAGAAUUGAGCUAUAGGAUGUGGAGUUUUUUGGCUUUUUUUACAAUGCUAAAUACUACAACAGACCAUAAAACCAUUUUAAGGAUGACUGCUCCAUGUAACAUUAUUUUGGUAACCGUGCACAGACCUCUUAAUGGCUUAUCAAAUUUUUUAUUUUAUUUUUUAUUUUGAGGCAUUAUUGGCACAGGUAACUUUAUAUUGUGUGGCUGCCCUAUAGUGUUCAAUCAAUGACUACAUAUCCCAUACCACAGGAAGUGGUCCAACUGUGUCGAACAGUCUGGAAACCUCCAUAAUUCUAUUAGGGCUGAGCGUGGAAUGCCUUAAGUUUCCGAACAAUUUGCUCUUUUCACACACGCUUUUUGACGUACUCUCUCCCCAGCACUGCACACUGUUUAUGGCAUAACACGUCAUGAUACAAAUGGUCUUUCUGAGAUUUUAGUUAUGCACUUUUUGUUACCCUCACAUUGUCACUUUGUCUCACUUGACCUUUCCUUGCUCUUUGCCCUUUCACCUCAGUGUCAAUCGGAGGUCACGGGCUAGGUAAGCCGCUUGCUUGUUAAAUGAACCUUCUCUUUUGCUCCCGGUUUCUUUAAAACUUUGUUAAAUGUGAAGCCUUUUUGCCUGCUGACUGGUAUCUUCAUUGCGCUGCGGUUUCUUGCAAUGAAGUCCUGUUGUGGGGAAAUUCACAGCUGUAUUGUAACUGGCUUGUUGGACAUCUAAAUUAAUAUUGUCAGAACGGUUUCCUCAGGCGCCACCUAGGAAACUAUAAAAGUAGAACUUUUACCUGCAUCUCUAAAACAAAGUAAACUCUUGGUAUAGUAUUCAUUAAUCUCCCAUCACAAAGUCAAACUUUAAGAAGGCAAAAGCAUCUCAAAUGUUGAAAUUGCUAAAUGGAUCUGUUUCUUGGGGUCUUAGCCUUAAACAUAUUUGCAAUUGGCAAACUGCCCAAUAUCCUAGAUCAUUCCUUAGUGAUGUCCUUCAAAUUAAGGGUUUUUACUUAACGGCUGUGAACAGACCCAAAACUUUUCAAGGACUCUGUAAAAAUGUGGUGGACUUUGCAUGUUUAAAAUGAACCUUUACUAAUUCAUUUGACUCUCUUGAUAAGGGCAUCAACUGUUGACACAAACUUCAAUUUGUAAGGUUCUGUAGGCACCUUAAUAGGAGGCCCCAUUACCUUGGGUAAAUACUGGACUGGUUUGGAAACCACUGACCUAGACCUUAAGAUUCAGACAUGUAAUCUAGAAAAACAUUUUUAAACUAGUGGCCUUUGCAGAGCUACAGAAGAAUGCAUCACAUGGAUGGGUCCUAGUAUAAAGGUGAAUGGCUUAGUUUGCUGGGAAACUAAAACCUACCUCACUAAUGUGAUGAAUGUAGAGUUAUAGAACUUCCAAUCACUUAAUUAGUCUCUGGAGACACAUACAUUGCUUGCAAGGAAAGCAGCUUGAACAGUAGGAUGAAUAUUGGCCAUUGUGCCUGGUUUGCAUUACUGGGCUGAGAGGUUUAAGUGUCUACUAGGCUAGGACACAAGUCAUACUUGUUCACUUCUCUUCAACUUGCUUUUAAUUCCAUUGCCAUAGUCUACAGUCAAGCUCAUUACAUGAUGUUGGUGUAUCCAUAGCUUACAAUAAAUUCCAAUGUCCACAUUUGAAUUUUGGAUCACAAUUCUAAACAGGACUAGGUUGUCCUUGGCGUAAGGUUUCUCCAACUUUGCAACUGUUAGUCAUUUGAAGAAAAAUCCAGACAACUCUUAACAUUUCCCUUUUGAGAAGUAAAAUUGAUGGAACUUGAUCCCUCUUUCCUUACUGCAUGUUUGCUCUGUAUGGCUUCCCACUUACCAACCUUUCCCAAUCCCUAGUCUCUCCUCUUAACUUCACUAGACCUGCACCUUCCCACUCUUCAUUGCUUGCGCAUAAAGUCCUUGCAGGGAUCUCAGUCCAUCAGGAAAUGUAAACUGCACUCCCAUAGCUUCACAUGUCACUGGUUCACCUUGGUGCACAUGAGCAGCAGAGUGUUUAUGAAUACUCUUGCUGAUGCCAUCACAAUAGAAAAAUGGCAAUCGACAAACAUUAAUGCCUGCUGUAAACUAUUAGACGUAUGCAAAGCAUGUAUGUUCUUUGCACCUGUAAACUUCUGCAAAUGGUUAACCGGGCAAAAGCUAUACUUUGCUUCAGUGUUGGAGGGCAGCGAGGCACUCAUACGUUUUUGAUGACUUAACCUGGUUGUGUUCUAGCACAUCUGACUCAAAGUAUUCCACCCCUAGAACUCUGUUGUGCUGUUAAUGGUCAGAGGUCUCUUUAAGGACUCAGUACUAUCCCUACUUAAAAGGAGCCUUUGGGAAAUCCUAAGAACCUUUUGAUAUUUCCUGAGAACUGAGGCUUCUGCAGAACAAUUAAACUUGGCUGUGAAUGUGGAACUGGCUGCAUGUCUGGCAUGAAACUUGAUGUUCAGCAACUGAUCGGGUGACCGUUCUUUUGUUGCAUUGUCUCUUCCUUCAUUUCGGUAUCCUGCAGGUGCUGGCGUUGGACCCACUAUUCAGAUUGGUGAAGAGACGGUUAUAACUGUUGAUGCAAAGGCAGCAGGGAAGGGUAAAGUGACAUGCAGUGUGUGCACGCCCGAUGGCACAGAGGUGGAUGUAGAUGUUGUGGAGAAUGAAGAUGGCACAUUUGACAUCUUCUAUACAGCCCCCCAACCUGGAAAAUAUGUCAUCUGUGUGCGCUUUGGAGGAGAGCAUAUUCCCAACAGCCCAUUCCAGGUUACGGUAAGUUUGAACCCAUGGUCUUUAAAUUUUUGUCUUUGUUUUAAUUAUUGUCCUGCUACUUGGACCCUACCUAAGAUUUAAAUCUGUGUAUUGCUUAAUCACAUUGAAUUGCAUUAUAUUGUAACUUUACAUUUUUGUUACUGUGUAAAGGAUAAAAUAUUGAAAGGCAUUUCUGUGGGUCAAUAUGAAUGUGCAGCUAUGGUAUUUAGUUUGUCGCACCAUAUCUGGAUAGGUGUGGAUUUCAGGCACUGGCUAUCGAUAGUUAAUGUAAGAAUGUCCCUUGGUUCCUCCCCCCUCUUAAGGUAACUUCAGAAAAAUCUGGACUCAAGUCUCUUGAAAUAUGGUGGUCAUUUGGAUAGUUCUUUCUUGGUAUAUUUUAGUCUUGUAGAAUUUAAACUAACUUAUGCUUACACCUCCAACGCAGGCUCUGGACGGCGAACAAAUGAUGCCUCAGCAGAUGGUUCCACAGCAAUUAGCCCCAUCUUACGCAUACCCGGGCAUGCAGCAACCCUGGGUACCCUACAUUUAACUGUAACUGUAACCUGUUGGGGGAAAAUGUUCUUCCAGGGGCAUUAUGUGAUGUGGAAGAAACUCUGGAAUUCAGUACUCACAACCAUUGUUUUCUGCAAAAUGUUCUAGCUUCUGAAAAUCUGUGGGCUUUUGGGGGAUGCUUUUGCUUAUUGGGAUGAACCCUUUGGGACACAAUGUAAUUAUCUCAAAGGGUUAUGUGGUAGGGUAAGCAUACAGUGCUUUCUUUAGUUUAGUGGAUUGUUGGGAUCCUUGGUAUCUUUGCUUGGUUUAUUCAUGGUAGGACUUCUGCAUGAUCUCACACAAGUGAAUGCCUUGUAGAGUGGCACACUUAAAAAGAUAAACCUCAAAGCAUGUUGCUUCUAGUCAUAUAAGCUUCGGAAUGCCUCACUUUGACUCUGCCAUUGUGAAUUACUACUAUGAAUUCCAAAGAUCCUUCCCUAAUCAUAAUGCCUUGGACAUGGACUUUCCCUCAGCCGCUUCUGGCCUCUUAAAUUUGGGGUCAAGGGGAGGGGGAGAUGAUGGGUUCCACCUCUGUCCAUUCUUAAAUUCCAGAUGUCUGCCAUCUUGCCAUUCUCUUCUCAUUACCAUUUGAUGUCUACUUCCCCAUAAAGUACACCCGUCUUUCAUAUUUUCAUAUGGCCACCACUUGUGACCCGAUGUAACUUCUGUGGGCCUCUUAAUUGUUCGUGUGAUCAUUGUGUAUUAGUCUCUUGCAGAAUUCAUUUGUCCUAGGUUUGCCAAUUUAUUUUGGAUAAACUAACUGCAAAGACUCUUCAUUUUCAUAUUUUACAUGUCUUGUGUAUCCAUUUCUAAAACCAAACUUCGCUGCUGGUUCCAAGCUGUUGUGAGGCAUAGCACUAUAAAAUGCUGCUCUCUAGGCUCUUAAGGCUCAUGUCUUUCCAAAAAAUUAUUCUGAUAUUUGAAAACUUGAAUCUAGUUUUCAAACCUUACACUGAAGAUGAAACUAAUUUAUUUUAUUUUUAUACAAAGAUACCAGACAGCCACAGUAUAAUCCUCCAGCGGAGUUUAGGUUUGUUUUUUUUCUGUUGACUGAUGUCCCUCUUAUCUAUUGAUUUAUUCUCUACUUGAAUAGCUGUUUAAUAGCCACUUUUCUUUUUAGGCUACUGACCGUCCUGUUAUGGGAGUGAAUGGUCUUGAUGUUGCAGGACUAAGACCUUUUGAUCUGGUCAUUCCUUUCACGAUAAAAAAAGGAGAAAUCACAGGUAACUUAAAGAGUUGUAUAAACAGAUGGUUUUGCCCAUUAAAUGUGUGGAUGAAAAGUAUUUAAAACAAAGCGACUUCUUACAAUCUAAACUACUGUAUCAUUAAUGCAGGAGAAGUUCGUAUGCCAUCUGGCAAAGUGGCAAAGCCUGAUAUCACAGACAACAAAGAUGGUACGGUCACUGUGAGAUAUGCCCCUACCGAAGCUGGCUUGCAUGAGAUGGACAUAAAAUAUGACCACAUGCACAUCCCAGGUAUUUUUCCUUUGCUGCUAAUCAAAAGAGCUGGUUCUUAAACUGCAUAUGAAUGUAGUGCUCGUCAAAGACUUGUUUGAGGCUGGGGAGGUCUCGCUUUAAACGUUCUAGAUAACCUAACUGGUCAGCAGACUAAAUACUUUGUGUUUUUUUUGUUUGUUUUUUUUAUAGGAAGCCCACUGCAGUUCUAUGUGGAUUAUGUCAACAGCGGGCACGUAACUGCCUAUGGUCCAGGUCUUAUUCAUGGCACUGUCCAUAAACCAGCAGUCUUCACAGUCAACACAAAGGAUGCUGGUGAAGGUGAGAUGAGUAGGUUGGCUUGAGGUAUUAGUCUGCAUGGCUUGCCAGAGUUGGCAUUGACUAUUGCUGUAUCCUAGGUGGCUUGUCACUUGCCAUUGAGGGCCCCUCCAAAGCCGAAAUCAGCUGUACAGACAACCAGGAUGGAACAUGCACAGUCUCCUAUCUCCCAGUGCUGCCUGGUGACUACAACAUUCUUGUCAAAUACAACAACAAACACAUCCCCGGCAGUCCAUUUGUUGCUAAAAUCACAGGUGAGCAUCAAUCCAGAAAAAAUCUCAAGCUGUUGUGACCUGACAUUUUUAAUCUCUUUUUUUUUUUUUUUAAAUGUGAAACUGGCAUGCCAUGUCAAUAUAUAAUUCUGUGCUAAAACUCUAAAUGCUUUCUUCAGGUGACGACACCAUGAGAAUGUCCCAGCUAAAGGUUGGAUCUGCAGCAGAUAUUCCUCUGAACAUUACAGAAACUGACCUGAGCCAACUAACCGCAACAGUGACUUCUCCUUCUGGAAGGGAAGAGCCUUGCCUCCUUAAGAGACUCCGAAAUGGACACAUUGGUAAGACCUGUGUGCAAGCAGUAGGCCCCCUCUGAACGCUAAAAAAAUCUUCAAAGGCCACUGAGUGACAAAGCAGCUUUGUGGCUUUAUAGUUAUUACAUUCUCAAUGCUAGUUAAAUAUAAUGAAAGUUUAUGGGAUAUAUGUAUAAACAGGUGGUGGUUGCUGUCAUCUUGGUUUCUGAUGUAACUGGAUAUAGAUCUUUUCAGCCACUUCUGUGGUCAGAAUAUAUAGAAGUGUAAACCAUAAUAGGCUUACCAUCAUUCUGUGGCUGACCGAUCCAGGUAUUUGGUGGUCAAACCUAUAUAUAAAUGAGAUUUGCUCGGAAACACAUUGAUAAAAUUUUUAAGUUACCUCCGUCCCAUUCUUGGUUCAUGAGUUCUCAUUAAUUUAGUCUCUGGCCCUUUAAUCAGGGGAUCAGUGUACUGCAACAGUAACAAAUGUCUUGACAUCUCGCAUUGUGACCAAAACAUCGACUUAUGACCUGCACUUUCUACUUUGCAGGAAUAUCUUUCAUUCCUAAAGAAACUGGCGAACACUUGGUCAACAUAAAAAAGAAUGGAGUACACAUUGCAAGCAGCCCAAUCACUGUAAUGAUCAGUCAGUCGGAGAUUGGAGACGCCAGCCGGGUAAUAGUGUCUGGCCAAGGUCUGGUUGAAGGGAGAACAUUUGAGCCGUCUGAAUUUAUCAUUGACUCCAGAGAAGCAGGUGAGUUGUCAAAGAUGUGGCAACAAACUGUCCAUGCAGAACUUAUUUGGCACUUUUUAGAUCAGUGAGGGCAGUUAGAGUGUACCUCACUCACAAGACUUUCUUGUACAUGCACUCAAACAUCGGCUUACAUGAUUGCUCGUUUCUCCUCUGCAGGCUAUGGAGGGCUGAGUCUUUCCAUUGAAGGUCCCAGCAAAGUGGAUAUUAACACAGAAGACUUGGAAGAUGGAACAUGCAAAGUGACUUACUGCCCAACAGAACCUGGAACGUACAUCAUAAACAUCAAGUUUGCAGAUCAGCACGUGCCAGGUACCUGCAGAAAAGACUAGGUUUCUACAUACGACAGUCUGUAAUAUCUGUAAAGUAUCUGCAUUAUAAAUCUUCCCUUGUAUAGCUUACUCAUGGUGGAGUUUUUAUCUUUCUAGGGAGUCCUUUCUCAGUCAAGGUCACAGGUGAAGGUCGCAUGAAGGAGAGUAUCACAAGGAGACGCACUGCCCCAUCUGUGGCAAAUAUUGGUAGCCAAUGUGAUCUCAGCUUGAAAAUACCUGGUAAGUUCCAAAGAACCUUUUUGGCCGUACAGUUAAGUAGAGCUGAUGAAACAAAGUAUUUCACAAAAUACUCUGUCCCUGUGACUUAAACUAGUCGACCUGAUAUUAAGGAGGGUUUUUUGUUCCUUGCAGAAAUCAGCAUUCAUGACAUGACUGCACAGGUCACCAGCCCCUCUGGAAAGAUUCAUGAUGCUGAAAUCAUGGAAAGUGACAAUAACACCUACUGCAUACGGUUUGUCCCAACUGAGAUGGGUGUUCACACAGUCAGUGUUAAAUACAAGGGUCAGCAUGUACCUGGGAGUCCCUUCCAGUUUACCGUUGGACCCCUUGGUGAAGGUGGGGCUCACAAAGUGCGAGCAGGUGGUCCAGGCCUGGAGAGAGCAGAGGUUGGAACACCAGGUAAGACUUCCUUGCCAGAACUGGACUGGGAUCUUAUGUGGCAAAUUGGUUUUUAUUAUUCUACUCUAAAUUUUGUCCUGUGAUCAAAAAGUAUUGACCUCCUAUCUUGGCAAUUUUGAAUCUCAAAAUUGACUCCUAAGCCUCCCUUGUUCUUGCCUAACAUUUAUGGAUUCAGUUACUUUUUUAACUAAGGAACAACUUAAAAUAUGCAGAAUUUAUUUCUUUCAAAAAUGAAAUGCCUACUGGACAAGCAUCACACUUUAAUGUAGAGCUCUGUAUGGAACUUUACUGCUAGUUGCCAUGUUGCUGUAUGUUUCACUUUGGUCUAGGUUUUUGCUGGUCUAAAAAAAUAAGCAAUACUUUCUCCCACAUCUGGGAGACUAUUAAGAAAAAAACAAAACUGCAUGACUGGUGGUGGUCUACUUUAUGGCCAUUUGCUUUAGAAUGGGCUAAACCUCUAGAAGUUUACCCUUUCUUUUUAUUUUAUUAGCCGAAUUUAGCAUCUGGACAAGAGAAGCUGGUGCUGGUGGCCUCUCAAUCUCAGUUGAAGGUCCAAGCAAAGCCGAAAUUGCUUUUGAAGAUCGGAAGGACGGGUCUUGUGGUGUGUCCUACAUUGUUCAAGAGCCUGGUAUGUUUGAAAGGUGGUUCUAAUAAACCAUGCCUUCAUUGUGGUAUUUGUCAUGAAACUUUGAGUAGAUGCAUAGCGUAGUAGUGGGUAAUUAUGCAUAACUCCAUUCUUCUGUGGGUUCUGGUUGUGCCCCACCACUUAUUGGCAGGGCUGUGAAGGAUUUGGUGCAUUUAGUCUUAAGUUACCAUUAAAUGUUCUGUUCUCUUCUAGGUGAUUACGAGGUGUCCGUGAAGUUUAACGAUGAGCACAUACCAGAUAGCCCUUUCGUGGUGCCUGUUGGAUCCACGUCGGAUGAUGCCCGUAGAUUGACUGUUUCUAGUCUUCAGGUGAGGCACUGGGAAAAACCUUGGCCCUUUGUGGUUGGGCAGAGAACUUUCCUCCUGAGCAGCUGACAAGAACCACUCAUGACCCUCUCAGUAUGGAAAAUCUGCACUGCAUGUCUUCUGCACUGACUGGGUCUAAACACUAGCUAAGAGCAUAAUUUGGGCACAUUCCAUCCUGCCACUGAUUUCUUGCCAACAUUGUUGGCAAACUCUUGAAGUGGUGUUUAUAAAUUGGUCAUAGCUUUGCAGCCUUAUCCAUCAAGGAGACUGUGUGGUGCUGCCACCUGCAGGUAUUAAAAUGGAAUUGCACCCAAAGAAUACAACAAGGUACAAGGAACACUUGACACUAUGUAAUUUAGUGAGUCUAAUCUCUAACUAAAUCAAUAAAGAAUUGCUACAUGCAAUCUCUCCGAAUAAGACAUAGGCUCCUAUCUUGGGACUGUUACACUCCUCACCAUACAAAGACAUCCCACUAGCAGGCUACACUUUUAAAGUAGAUGAUGGCAGAUAUUACUUGAUCUCAAAGCCAUUCUGGCUUUUAGGGGCAUUGCCAUAAACAGGGUGGUCCUAAUCCUUCUGAUCUUUAAGACCAGCCAUAUUCAUGUUCUAUUGAUUCUCCAAACUAAGACCAUCUUCCAGCUGACUCAGGAGGCUCUCGGUGUUUUUCUCGUGUCUUUCUUAAAGGCUUCUAACAGAAAUGGACAAUAUAUCUUGCUUCCACUUAACAUUUGACUUCUGUUUAAAGAGGGAGGGGAUGGGAAAUCAACAUAUGGCUGUGGCUUGCUGCGAUUUCAGGCUCCUUUUUAUACCCACGAGUACGUGGAUGGGUUUGAAGAGUGCCUGAAUAUAUGGAGAAACUCAAUCUAAACAAUGUUAAUGUGCUCAAAAUGAACACCCUUAUGAAUUGUACAAAUAAACUGCAACCUCUGCACACUUGGAAUCCAGCUUUGUCAGGAACUUCUACAGCUCCUACUUGGCUAAUGGUCAGCACUAGGCAAUGAAUUGACGUGUAUUUUCAAGCCUUAGAAUGGUCGGAAUGAAUGCACAUCUCCAUGGACGCCAGAAGCAAAUGUAGACCUCUGCAUAGUUUUUUGCUGUGAAAACCAGAAAAUCACAAGGAUACCUGACUGCUUACCACAGUGUAUAUAGUGGUGUCAAACCCAGGACAUCUUAACUUAUAGGCAUGCACUCUUGGGCCAAGAUGCUACCAUGUGAGGCAGCAGGGUAUUUCCACACUCCUGCUUUUCCAGAGUACACAGUUAGAAAUAUCAUGAAGUGUGCACAAAUAAAUACAAACUCCUGGCAGAUAACAUUAGCUCUAGAACAAAAUGCUUGUCUUGGUCUUAUUUAGGCCUCUAGAAUAGUAUAGAUGGUCUUCUUUUUAGAUGUGUAGUGUAGCACUCUUGAACAAAGUCCAUUGAAUCUCCCAAUUGUGUGGGUCUUUGUUUUUAUAGCUUUUAAAAAUAAUAAAUAAAAUAUUUGUACUAGGUUACAUUAAUACAACGGUUGAACUAGUGAUCAGUUCUGUAACAAAGCUCAUAAGAACAUUUUAGUUCAAAUUGCUCAUUUACCUUCCAUAACCCAAGCAGCCAGCCACUGCCAUGUUGUCCCACUAGUGUUUCCCUCCCUCAUUAAAUGAAGCUCCAGACUGGUAAGUAGAAAGUUCAUGAGGGCCUUAAACUUGCCCUGUGUAUUCAGUUUGACUGUUUCUAAAAUUCUUGAUGUACUUUUAGGAGUCAGGGUUAAAGGUGAACCAACCAGCCUCUUUUGCAGUAAGUCUUAAUGGUGCUAAAGGAGUCCUGGAUGCCAAAGUGCACAGUCCUUCUGGGGCAAUAGAAGAAUGCUAUGUGACAGAGAUUGAUGAAGGUAAGACCACUUUUAGUCUGUACCUACAAGUCCUUGAUAAGGGCAUAUAAAAACCAACUUGUCCAUAUACUCGUAGAGCAGAAACACUUUAUUUCUAGUCUAGGUUUGCUUUUAUUUAGGUUAUUUUAUUUAUUUUUUAAGGAAAACCUGCCUAAACCUUGCGAUGAGCAGAUCUUGUUUGCUUUUGGUGGAUAACUGAGUGGAAUCUUCACCUCCUGACUCACUUUUUCAGAUUUACCAGAUAACUGGCUUCCUGAAGCCACAAACUAAUGGCUCCAAUCUUACAUGUGGCCUCUUGUAGGCAGCACAGCUGCCAAAAAAUUUUUAUCCCUAAAAAUAAGUAAACCAAUAUAAAGAGGUUUGUGGAGAAUUCCGUUAUGGCACUUCUAAUGUAAUCCAUCCCAUAUGAUUCAGGUUUAAAAUCCAUAUCCCUGAGAGCCAUUUUGGAUCUUGCCCUUCCUCACCACCUGUAUUUUGGUUGGUGGCAGAUACACUAGAUUUUAUUUCAUUCUUUCCUUCUAAAACUAAGGCAAACCAGGUGUGGCCAUAACAAACAUUCCUACUAAAAUGCAGGCAUAAAUUUGGUGUUUUAAAAAGGAAACUCGUUGGCUCCAUAUAACUUUCUACCGAGUGUUACAAUUGGUUCUUCCAUUUUUUUAUUUUUUUUUUGUGACACUCAUAUUAAUGGAGAAUUCCAAGCAGAGAAUCUGUUAUGAACCUCUUCUCUUUUUCUGAUUUUAGACAAAUAUGCUGUACGCUUUAUUCCCCGUGAGAAUGGCUUGUACCUUGUUGAUGUCAAGUUCAAUGGCUCCCACAUCCCUGGUAGUCCCUUCAAAAUAAGAGUUGGGGACCCAGGACAGGCUGGGGAUCCUGGCAUGGUGUCAGCUUACGGGUCAGGCUUGGAAGGAGGAACUACAGGUAAGCUUGACUCGUUGAUGUACACUUGCUCUAAGGGAAUAACUAGCCUGACUUAAAAUAUAGAUGACAAUAGGGGGAAAAUACGCUCGCGUUACAUGCUGGUGAAGUCUAAAGCAUAACGUGAGGCUUGAUGAGUGGACAGUAAAGGACUCACUUAUUUUUUUUUUUUUUUUUUUUUCUCCAGGCAAUGCUGCAGAGUUCAUAGUUAACACAUCGAAGGCUGGGCCUGGCGCUCUUACUGUCACAAUUGAUGGCCCUUCAAAAGUCAAAAUGGACUGCCAGGAGUGUGCAGAGGGUUACAAGGUUACCUACACACCCAUGGCUCCUGGUAGCUACAUGAUCUCCAUUAAAUUUGGUGGUCCAUAUCACAUUGUCGGAAGUCCAUUUAAAGCAAAAGUCACUGGUGAGUAAUGCUAUGGUUUCAGGAAUGGUACAGAAGAACAAGCUUAUUGUUUCACUUUGAAAACAUGGGAGCUUUUAGCAAUGUUCAUUCAGAAGUCUUUUAAGAGUUGUGCUCUUUAAUUCUAUGGGAGAUGCAACGGCCAAAACCCUUACUGUGUUUUUCUCCUCUCCCCAGGUCCUCGUCUGGUGACAAGCCAUAACCUUAACGAAUCCUCAUCAGUGUUUGUAGACUCUGUCACAAAAUCAGAGUCUUUCACACAACAAGCUGCAGCUCCAAGAGUCUCAUCUGAUGCUACCAAAGUGGUGGCCAAAGGUCUAGGUCUAAACAAAGCCUUUGUAGGACAGAAGAACUCCUUCACAGUCGACUGCAGCAAGGCUGGUGAGUAUCUAACUGAAGUUUAUGAAUACUGGCCAGAAACUUGAAAGUCUGAAACUGUUGAAAUAAAGUAUUCUAUUCACUUUGGAUGUUAAUGGGUAGAGAUCUACUGGCAUUCCUACAAAGUUCCACUUAAAUCCUUAAUGUAUUCUUGGUUCCUGUAUGAACUGUAGUUUAAUGUUAAAUCUGUAAACUUUGGUACAUUUGAGCAAAAUAAUUCUUCAAAUACUUAGACUUCAUUUUUCCUCCUAAUUUUUUUCCAUAUUCAGGUAACAAUAUGCUGCUUGUUGGAGUGCAUGGUCCAAAAACUCCAUGUGAAGAGAUUGUGGUGAAACAUCUUGGAAACCGUCUAUACAAUGUUACAUAUCUUCUGAAAGACAAGGGGGAAUACAUCCUGGUUGUCAAGUGGGGAGAUGAGCACAUUCCAGGCAGCCCUUAUCACGUGUCUGUUCCCUAA